UGUUCCCGGAAAAGCUUCGUUUGUUAAUGCAGCAUUAGCAGAUCUAAAUUAGACGUGUCGGUGUGUUUUAUAAUGUUAAUAAUAUAAAGUAUAGUAAUAUUUCUUAAAAAGUAAGUGUGCCUGUUUCCCUGGGAGAAGAAAAAAAACCGCCGAUGCCAUAUUUGAAUGGAUCCAUGCUUGGCUGGACUCUGGGUUUAAGGAAGCUUGUCCGCCCGGUCGUCGGAGCGGAGGGGGGACUCGACGGCGAGAGCUUCAGGCGGCGAGUGAGCUUGUGACGGACACCGAAAUAUCUGCGCGACGGCUUUCCCGGCAUCUUAAAUCAACGCGGCGAUGAGCACACUCCUGUCGUAGCGGUCGUUUCGUCUGAUAUCCAGGCUGAACAAUGUGACUGUGAUCGGAGGCAGCUGCACUCCAGUGGUCGAGGACCUCAACCUACUUCACUAGAAUGUACUUGAUGAAUGUACCUCCUGUCGCAGUGACGCAAACGGAAUGGAGAACAUGUGGCCCACCUGGAGGCUAUAGCCUUCAGUGCUUCAAUGACUCUGACACUGAGUUGUCCACCAGAGGCACACCUAUCUCAGAUAAGGUCCAGAUGAUCAUAGAGAGCCUUAGGAGCACCCAGUCCUCACUUGAGAUGGGCGACGAGAUCGAGGGAAAUGUGCUUUCAGGACAAGACGGUCAUCCCCAAGUCUGCAAGGUUGCAGUGGCUUCUUAUGUGGGGGCCAAAUCCAAAACUAAAGGUCCCACUGAAAACCAGCAGGCAGAUGUUUCCUCCCCAAUCAACCAUGAGAGCAGUGACUCCGACAGUGAUGAUUCUGUGGACAGAGGGAUUGAGGAGGCUAUUCUUGAAUACCUGAAGGAAAAGGAUGAUCACAAACGCAAGGCAGAACCAUGCUCCACGUUUCUCCAGUCAUCCAAAAUUCCCAGAAAAACUCCUCCUGUUCCUGAGGUUUCUAAACAGAACUCUGACAGCAAUACAUUUUUGACUGCAAGCAACCAGCAUCCAAAAAGUGUCAAAACUGAGACUCCGACAGCACCAGCUGUUAUACCUAUAAAGAAAUAUAUCAAAAACAAGGCCUCGCUUAGUGACAACAUGCUUAAGAAAUUUGAUUCUAAUAAAAGUACAACAACCAAAAGUUUAGUCUCGCCCAAAGAGCAGACAAAGAGCCCACCUAAAACAAUCAGCGUAUUCAACAAAGUCAAGUGCCCAGUCACAGUGAAGGUAGAGGACGACUCAGAUGAUUCCAGUAGUGAUGAUGGUAUCGAGGAGGCCAUUCAAAGAUACCAGCUGGAGAAAAGGGAGCAGCAGAACAGAAGGGAAGCUUUCAAUCCACAUGCAUUCAAAGGGGAGUCUGACUCCACUAGCGAUGAUGGGAUCGAAGAAGCUAUUCGCUGCUACCAGCUUGAGCAACUUAAGGAGAAGAGUGUUCUGAAACCAUUCUUCCAUAAACAAAAGUCCUGUGGUAAGUCAUUAAUACAUGCUGUUGGAAGUACAGGCAUUGAAAACAUGAAGAAACACAAACUGAGAAAGAAAAAAUCCAGAACAGAGAAAGAAGCGAAAUCCCUUCCUCCUUCAUCUGCUUUGGCAAGCAAGAAUUCACUUUCAGACAUCCAGAAAGGCAAAGGAAACGGAUUACUUUCGUUUAAAAUAGAAAGUUUUAAGGGUCAGCCCACACCUGCUCCGCCAAAGGUUAAUACAACUGCAGAGCUCAUGUGUGCUGAGGCAAUACUAGACAUUUCAAAAACUGUUAUGCCCGGGGCCUUCCAUCAUAGUGUUGGCCUUAGCAGUUGUGGCACCACCGAAUCUUCCUUGCAGUCUUCUCUUCCUGACAUUUGCCCAGAUGAACAAAGUGACGACAGCUCCAUUGAUAGUGAAGAUGGAAUUGAGCAAGAAAUCAGGAAGUUUCUUGAGCAGAAGGCCCAACUGCACAAACAGCUGCCCAGCUCUGCUGUGACUCAAGAGCCUCAAAAUACGAAUGAACCAGAGAAAGUGAAAACAAAACAAGUUGUAACCCAAAAGAAACCUUCAAGAACGUCAUCAACACAGGGAAGAAAAUGCAAAGAGGAAACCUGUAGCAUUUCUAACAUGUCAGGAAUGGAUAACAAUGUUAAAGUAACUGCCCCUAAAUCUUUACUUGAGCAUAGAAAGGAUUUGAGCCCAUUGGGAUUUUCUGACAGAAGUGAAACACACCCAAUCACUGGAUUACACAAGACACAAGAACAAAGUGGAGACAAAAGCAGCUCGCUUGACAGUGAUGAGGACCUAGACACCGCGAUAAAAGACCUGCUCAAGACAAAAAAGAAGUCAAAGAAAAAGACAAGAGACUCAAAGCGGAAAUCAAGGAAGUGCCUCAAGGAUGAAGAACCACUGCUAAGAAAUGCUUCACAGACCAAAAAGCUAAAACCAGAUCCUUUUUCCAAAUGCAGUGCUUUGAAAAAAAUACAAAAGAGUAAAGAUGACAUGAAAGACAAGACUGGAUUGAGUAAGAAGAACAUUUCCCAACAUACACAAACUGAUAAAAGCGAAGAGCAUGAUGUGCAUGGAGGUGAAACAGAGAUAUUGAAAGGGACUGAGGGCCUAGACUCCGUGUUGCUGCACAAUGCUCAGACUGUUCCUCAGAUAAAGGAAGAUAGUAGUUCAGUAGACAGUGACGAUAGCAUUGAGCAAGAGAUCAGAAGGUUUCUGGCAGAAAAAGCCAAAGUUUCAAAUGCAGUGAAAAGUAAAGAUGGAGAUGUGUUGAGGAAUGGUGCUGUCGUGGCUGGCACCCCACUUCAAGAGGAAGACAUUAAACAGGAAAAUCAGCUGGCUGAGAUUCCGAUAAAAAGUACUGCCACCCCUUUCUCUGGACAGCCUCCUCCAAGUAGUCCACCUCAAGACAGGCAGUCUCUUCCAGUGUCACAGAGUUUGGUGCCAGACAUCUCAGCUGUCGGCGCACAAGCUCGUCUGUCCUCAGCCCAGUCCUGCAGCCCCAGUCUUUUGGAACCAGCAGACGGGGCAGGGGCUGCGAGAACCGAGCAAAGGAGGCCUGGCACAGGGAGGGGUAACGUCCAGGAUGUCACCCCGCAGAUGGAGAGAGUUCGACCUGUUUUGAGUCCCAGCCUCGCUCAUUCUCGUUCUGAGUCCAUCAAGUGGCGCCAGAGCCUGGGACUUCCGAUUACCGACACAGGGACUCUCCGACGAACACCAUUCCAUAUCACCUCAUCUAAAAUGAACGAGACUUCAACAACUCUGCCAUAUCAGAGCGGGGGUGCCAACCUCAAAUCACAGACUCCAGUCGCUGCUUGGUCCUCCACAAGGACCAGUGGAGCACCACUCCCCUGGUCUACAGAGGCAACUGUAAAUACCACGUUCAGGUCCCCUGUUCUGAAUCUUUUGUCUACUGCCAGGCAGCAUCCAAGGAUGUCCUUUACACAGAGCCUGCUGCCUGGCCACAGGUCACAGUGCUCUUUAGAAGGAGAGACUAAGAGUAUGGUGCAUAUGUCUAAGGACAAGAGUGUGUUUGUUGAACUGGAAUCUAAUAGGACCAACCAUGUCCAGGUUCGAAGCAGGGAAAGGAGCGAGGGAAAGGAGAGAGUGGACUUGCUAAUUGAGAAAAAAAGAGAGGGCGAGAGCAUGAAGAUAGACGAUAAAGACGUACAUCUAGAAAGAAGAGAGGAAGAAUUUGUAGAUGAGGCUGAUUGUGAGUCAGGCAACAGGAGAAAUCCAGAGAAGAAGCAGGGCUUUUCCACAUUGUCUUUGUCCAGUGCCAUUGACCCAGGCAUUACCUUCAGACCUUACAUAGCUCUAACCACUGAGGAAAGAAGCAGGAUGUUCAUCAGGAGGUACCUGACUGAAAAAUGCAACAAGGGGAAAGCUUCUCCCAUCAGUGUUCCUGUGCAGAACAAGACUGUGCAACAUGUCAAAAGAAAGCUUCAGUUUGUUCCAGUGCACAGGAGAAAUGAAGCACCCAGCCUGCACAGCAAAACAGAAUAAGACUUCAUUCUGCAUGUUUUAUGUUACAGUAUGUGGGUGGUUGAAUAAUUACUUUGCCAUUUAUAUAAGUGUUCAUGUUCACGUGUUCAUUCUUUAUUUGGGGGGGUAUCAGUGCCCUAUUUUGUAAUGUUAGUCCAAGUAUAUUACAUGGAAGAAAGUUUAGGUUCACUUGUUGGUUUAUGUAAGCAAUUAAGGGCAUUUCUUCUAGUUUUGGACUAAUAAGUAAAUUCUAAAUCCUAGGAACUGCCUGAGUGUUGUGCCAUUUUCUUAAAACAAAAUUUUCCUGUUUAUUUUUUUCCAGUUGUUGUUGAAUAAUUCAAGUUCUGGUUUCAGGGUUUUAGUUUAGCUGUCUCAAACUCAAACUGGGUUGUCCUUUUCCAGUUAGAUAACAUGAAUUUCUCUUCAUAGUACUGCUUUUGUUUUUGUAGGAAGUUACAUCUUUAUUGUCAAACUGUCUAAAUCAGGAAUUAUUUCUUUCAUAGAAUAUAUUCAUUUCAUACCUUUAAUAGCUACGUGAUAUAACGGUAGUGCUCUCUGUGAUUGUUUUUGUUUUUCAAUAAAGUUGUAAGGGU